UUCAGAUGUGACUAGGGCGGGUUUCAGGUGUAUUCUCCGUGGCUUUUGGUUCUUCCUAUAUAUCUCCAAGCUCAGAUGGACAAGGAAACUAUUCAUCAUGCUUUGCUAGAUUGCUCCAGGGCCAGGAAAGCUUGGCGAUAUUCCAGGUUUGCUAAUUAUUUUCAUACUUCUAAAACUUUGGAUAUUGCUGCAUUUCUUCAUGGUCUUUUUCACAUGCUGGAUAAAAAUGAUGUUGGAAUUUUAUUUUGUUUUAUUUGGGCUUUAUGGAAUCAAAGAAACAAUAUUGUACAUAAUCAGUUCACUUUGCCCCCUCAAGAAGUGUAUGAUUGGAGUCUUAAUUAUUUCUUUAAGUUUCUGGAUGCACAACAUCACUAUGUUUCAGGUUCUCAAUCUACAUCCAAUUCGGCCCAGCCUAGGCAGAUUCCUAUCUCCACAGGGUUUAAAAUUUUUACAGAUGCAGCCAUAGAUUCAGUUAAUCAAAAGCAUAGUAUUGGAGUGGUGGUCUUAGAUGCUGAUAAUGCAGUGAAAGCUGGUUUUUCUGCUCCUUUUUCUGGAUUGGUUCCUCCUGCUGUUGCUGAAGCUAAGGCUGUUUUUCAGGCAAUACAAUGGGCUCAAUUGAUUUCUCUCCCUGUGGAUGUUUUGCUAACAGACUGUAAAUCAAUUGUAGACAAGCUUUCUUCUAGCAGUUGGAAUAAUAGUGUUUUGGAUGAUGUAUUGUCUAAUAUUCAGAACUUGUUAUCCUUCAGUCCAAGACUAACUAUUUCCUAUGUUCCUAGGGAAAACAAUUUUCUUGCUCACAAAUUAGCUAAGUUUGGUCUUGGAUUAGAUAAUGAGUUAGUUUGGAAUGGUUCUUUGCCUUCCCUAUAACUUGUAGCUUUAUUUGCUUGUACUGUUCUCUUGUUUUGUAAUAAAGCACAAGUUUUUUCAAAAAAAAAAAAAAUAUUAGUCCCACAUGUAAAAGGA